UAGUAACAAUAAAAAUGUUGACUAACAUAUGGUCCAACCAUGAAUGUUCAACUUUGAUAUGGAACAUUCUAAGCAUAAAAUGAAUAAUGUGUGCAAAAAUUGUGUUGAAAGACCAGAUUUUGAAAUGUGUUAUAUUGUCCUAUACAUUAUUAAUUAUAUAUUUUUUCAUAUUUCAGGGAUUAUAUACGAUACUAUUACGAAAACCAUGUUGGGGCAAACAUUUAUGAGAUUUUCAAAACUGGUGAGGCCAGUACUAAACGGAUCAAAAAAUUGUCAAAUAUUAUGGAAAAAACAACGCACAUCAUAUAGAACAGAAUAUUUUUCCUCUGAAAGUAAAUUAACAUUGAAUAUUGAUAAAACUGCAGUGCAUAGACUAAAAUCCAUUAUUGAAAACAAGGAAUUUUUGCGUGUAUUUGUGGAGGGUGGUGGAUGCUCUGGAUUCCAAUACAAGUUUGAAAUUGACACAGAAAUUGAUGAAGAUUGUGAUAUGAUAUUUGAGAAAGAUGGUGUCAAAGUAGUGGCUGAUGAGGAAUCUGUCAAGAUUUUAAAUGGAUCAACAGUGGAAUAUCAUGCAGACUUGAUUCGUACUGGAUUUCGUGUUAUAAAUAUUCCACAAGCAGAGAAAGGUUGUUCUUGUGGAGUUUCAUUUUCCGUGAAGUUAUAGUUUCUGUUUUUAUGUUAGCACAAAAAUUUUACCCUUAAAAAUAUGCAUCUAUAGUAAGGAGUAAGUUAGGGUAACAUUUGUAAUGUCAUGUAAAAUUCAGACAGAAAUUACACAAUUGUUGAAUGCACAUAUUAAAUUAUUUAAAACACAUAUUAUUACAUGGUCAUAAAAAUUUGACCCCAAAAUGAUGUAUAAUACACAUUAAAUUACUAUUCUGUGCUGUAUUAUACAUCGUUUUGGGGUCAAAUUUUUAUGUAUUUAACUUCUUGAGUGUUUAUUAUAAGUGGAUGCAGGAAUUAUGCAAGACAUGUAAACGUAAUGCUUUUUUAGAAAGCAUUUCUAAAAAACUUCGUUCAACAGCAACAGUUUGUUUUUUACAUUUUAGAUUUGAAUUACAGUCAUAUUCAAUUGCGAUACAACCUCGGUCCCAGAACACAAAAAUGUAAAAUAUAGAAAAAUUUUUAGCUUUAAGCUAACCUCAUGAUGGGUAAACAUUGGCAUGCUUUGUUUGAAGUUACUUUUUUUAGAAUUAACUUGAAAAGAGACAACCUUCUUCGCUUCGGUUUUCUUUUUUUAGUUGAUAAACAACUUGUUUCCAUGAGAUACGCCAUGCACAUGGUAUACCGGGGGUAAAAUUAAAUUAUUUCGCUGUAGCAUAAAAGUCAAAAAGGACCCCUGUUUUCUCAUUUUGCGGCUUACUUAUUAUUUUAGUAAAUUUUAACCUACAGCCAUAAAGUGACCCAUGAGUUGUGUGUCGUGGACUCACAAUUUUACUCACGCAAGGGAAUUUAUAUAUAAGAUACAAUAAAUUUUUAAUAUUUUUAUAGCAAAAUAUGGUAAUGUUUUUAAAAUACACCAAGUUAAGCUUUAUACCAGCAACAGUUUAUGGAAAAAUCAGAACAAACUUCAGCUGAAAUGAUAAGAAACUAAAAAUCAGGAUUUUUUUAAUUAUGUCAACACCCCCCUUAGCAAUUGCUGCUGCAGGUAGAUUUAAGUAAUAAUGUACAUGUAUUGUCUUUAAGAUGUUCGACAUUGAAAUUGUAUUGCUGCAAAAAUUGUAUUUUUGUUGUUUUAAAGUUAUUGCUGUUCCCUGAAAACACCAAUUACUUGUUUUUUGAUAUUGUAAAUAUUAUUAUUUAUCUUCCUGCAGAUAUAUAUAUAAGGUUAAAAUGUAUUUAAUAAAAAAAAUAAUUUCUUUACAAAUUUUAUAUUGCUGCAGUGUUUUUUUAUAAGAUUGUGUUGUAGAAGUGUUUAAAAAAUGAAUUGGAGUUGGUUACAUGCAAA